CAGGUUGAAAUAGUUUAUUCAUUUUCAUUAAUUACGUUUUUCUUGUGCACGCAUGGAUUUUUCAAUGACCCAUCCAAGCGUCAUCCCACGCGUGUUGUGCAGUACCGUGGUGACCAGGCAAUAAGUCGCCCGUGUAACGAAUCUAUCAGCAAUGAUAGUAAUCUUGGAGGCAAGAAAUUAAUUUUGUGCAUGGUUCCUACAGAGGAAGAAUUGAGGGAGCAAUUGAAAAGCAUAGGAGGGUUAAAUAAGUAUCAUGCAGCGGUGACGGAACGUGAAGCUGAGAAUUUCACCAAUCUACUUCCUGGCCCUCAACCACCUGUAACAAAUGGUGAAGAGAAACCGUUCCUUAUCAUAUGGAAUCAUUUUAAGUCUUUAUUGUCACGCAACAGGAAAGAAUUUUCACGGAAAAAGACAUACUUGUCACGUAAUAGAAAAGCUGUGUCACACAACGAAGUCUUUGAGAACAACAUUGUGAGUUCAAAGAAAGUUCGUUGCGACUACCGAGGUGGUCGAACGGAGACCGGAAUGAUCCGAUUGUGCACUGAGUGUCAACGAGUUUCCAAACUAAGUUCCAGUCGAUUUCCACGUUAUAUCAAUGAAGUUGCGUGCGAUGAAGAAACUCCAAGUCGGAAAAGGGACAAGUUGUGCUGUAACAUGGAACACGGAAUGUGCAUACAGCGUUUUAUAUUAAUUGACUUCCUAGUUAGUACUGGAAAAUACGUGGAGGUGGAUUCCCCAAAUCCUCAGCUAUAUUUCAAAGCUUUUAAGCAGGUCUGGGAACCGUACACGCAAAAGAUUCGUAGUUGCUGUGACUUUCAGCUGUGGUAA